AUCCUGGGGGGUUUAAGGGAUUUUUUGGGGUUUUUUUAGGGAUUUUUUAGACAUUUUUAAGACAUUUUUUAGACAGUUUUUGGGGAUUUUUGGGGGGAUUUUUUUGGGGUUUUUUUGGGGGUUUUUUUGGGGAUUUUUUGGAAUUUUUUAGGGAUUUUUUGGGGGAUUUUUUAGGGAUUUUUUUGGGGAUUUUUUAGGGAUUUUUUUGAGAAUUUUUAGGGAUUUUUUGAGGAUUUUUUGGGGAUUUUUUAGGGAUUUUUUUGGGGGAUUUUUUAGGGAUUUUUUUGGAUUUUGUUGGGAUUUUUUUUGAGAAUUUUUAGGGAUUUUUUGAGGAUUUUUUGGGGAUUUUUUGGGGAUUUUUAGGUAUUUUUUUGGGAUUUUUUUGAGGAUUUUUUGAGAUAUUUUAGGGAUUUUUUUUAGAGAUUUUUUUAGGGAUUUUUUGGGAUUUUUUAGGGAGUUUUUAGGGAUUUUUUUAGACAUUUUUGGGGGGAUUUUUUGGGGCUUUUUUUGAGAGUUUAGGGAUUUUUGGGGGAUUUUUUUUGAGGGUUUUUUGCGGAUUUUUUGAGGGUUUUUUGAGGAUUUUUUGGUGGGUUUUUUUGAGAGUUUUUGGGGAUUUUUUGCUAAUAUUUCAGUGAUGCUUUGGUGUCUUUUAGGUAUUUUUGGGGUCCUUGAGUUCUUUUUUUUAACACAUUUUUUUGUUGGUUUUUAGGUGGUUUUUGAGGGAUUUUUAUUUUUCUUUUUUUCGGGAUUUUUCCCUUUUUUUGUUGUUUUUUUUUUCUUUUUUUUCCCCUCUUCCUACCCUAAUUAUUUUUACUUGCCUGCUAUAUUUUUUCUUAUUUCCCCUUCUUUUUAUUCUUGUGUUUUAAUUUGUUUCCCUGUUUAAUUUUUUUUUUUUUUUAAUUUUUAUUUUUAUUCCCAGAUAUUACUACAACAAGAGGAUCCUGCACAAAACCAAGGGCAAAAGAUUCACCUACAAAUUCAACUUUAACAAAUUAGUGAUGCCUAAUUAUCCCUUCAUCAACAUCCGACCUAAUGGCGUGGUCCCUCAGAGCGCCCCUCCCGUCCCCACCGCCUCUUCCCGUUUCCACUUCCCCCCUUUGGAUCCUCACUCCCCGACCGACGAUUCCCAACCCCGCUUCCCUCCGGGAUCUUUACUCCAACCUCACCACCCCGAAAAUUUGGGAGACUCCACCUCCGUGGCCGACAGAAAACCGGAACCCUCCGAGUUGGACGAAAACCCUUCGGAUUGGCGCCGGGAUUUGCUGGCUCCGUCCCAUCCUUCCUCCAGCUCCGCCGCCGCCGCCGCCGCCGCGGGGCCCAAACGCAAACCCGACGUGGUUCUCCCGUUAUUUUCCAGACCGGGAAUUUUCCCGGAUCAUCCUCACAGCCCUUUCGCCGUCUCGCCGUUACCUGGACGCGCCGGAGUUCUGAACGUUCCGAUUUCUCCGGCGCUGUCGUUGACUCCGACGCUUUUUUCCUACAGCCCCUCGCCGGGUUUGAGCCCGUUCGCGGGGAGCAGCUGCUUCUCCUUCAAUCCCGAGGAAAUGAAGCAUUACCUGCAUUCCCAAGCCUGUUCCGUGUUCAAUUAUCACCUGAGCCCUCGGACUUUCCCCCGUUAUCCCCUCGUGGUGCCUCCUCUGCAAUGCCAGGUUCCUCUGGAAGAGCAGCCGCAAUUCCCCAUCAAACUCCAACCUCCUCCGGCCGGUCGAAAAAACCGGGAGAGGUUGGAGAGCCCCGAGGGAGCGAAUCCGCAAAUUCCCGACGCUCCCAGGGUCAAAGCGGAGCCGGCGGCGGAGAAGGAAGAGGAGAAGUUGGGGAAGCAAGAGGAAGAAGAAGAGGAAGAGGAAGAAGAGAAAAUCCCGAUUUUUGCCCGGCCGGCCGCUCCGGCGUGGAUCCCGAUUCCCGCUCAACCGGGAUCGUCCGGAGACGAAAAUACGGAAAAAGCAUCGCGGGAUUCUUGCGGAGAAUCCGGGAAUCAGGAGAAGAGGGAGGACGCCGCGAUGCCGCCCAAGCUGAGGCUGAAACGUCGCUGGAACGGAGAUUCCCGGCAGGAAAUUCCCGAAGAUUCCCGACAAAACGGGAUCUGGCACCUCCCCAAAGCCGUGGCCGCCGCUUCCGACACCUAAAUCCAGGCUGGAAAGGAAAAGGGACGACGAUGACGACGACGAUAACGGAACACGGAGGGGAAGGAAAAACAGGAAAAAAAAAAACCAGAAAAAAUCAAACAAACAAACAAAAAAAAACAAACACACAAAAAAAAAAAAAAAAACCCCAAAAA